UGUUCAUAGGUUCGUAGCAACGAAACGAAAUAUUUUUCCAACAUUAAGUGAAACCAGAAUCUAGGAGAUCAUACAUUAUGGCUGAAAUUGAAGAAACUGUAAAGAGAAUUUGUGCACACAAAGGUGUACAAGGAAUUGUCAUUGUCAAUCAUGAAGGCAUUCCCAUCAGAACGACGCUAGACAAUUCUGUUACUGUGCAGUAUGCCGGCCUAUUUCACCAGCUCACACAGAAAGCACGAAGUGUUGUACGAGAUAUUGAUCCACAGAAUGACCUCACAUUUCUCAGAAUUCGAUCAAAAAAGCAUGAAAUAAUGGUGGCACCAGAAAAGGAAUACCUUCUGAUUGUGAUCCAGUCACCUAAAGUCCUGUGAGAGUUCAUGGAUGGUACAUCAUCACACUGUUUUCAUCAUCAACACUUUGGGGUUUCCUACUACUGAAAAGACUUUGACCUGUAAAUGUAUAGACUGGUAAAUUUAAUGCUACAUUUGCUUAUCAAUCCAAACUUGAUGUAGAAAGUGAUAUGUCUUGUAGAUUGGUUAAUGAAAUCAAUAGCGUUGUAGCAUAAUGACACAUUGCUUAAUUGUAGUACAUAAAAUGUAUCAAGGAAAAAAAUCUUAUAUUUUUAUGUACAAAAUACAAAAAGGAGAGAACAAACAAUGACAUGUGCUGACUGUUGACAAAAAUAAGUUAUUUAUUCAUGCAUAAAUGUAUCUUCAUUUAAUGUAAAAAAUAUUAAAAAAAUGAAAAAUAAAAUUAAUGGUUGAA